UGCUUCACCAAUGCAAUAAUCCACAGCAUUCCAUCCCAAACCAAAACCAUAGCCGCCUAAACAUGCUAGCAGCUAUCAUGUCGAGCACGAGCCGCCGCCCGCCGUUCUCGCUGCUGCUGCUCGUCGCGGUGUCCUGCGCCGCCGCCGCCGCCGUCCCGGAGAGCACGGCGCGGUCCGUCCGGAGGGCGAACCGGCACGGGCCGUUCCUCGGCGUCGUCGUGCCCAACGCCUUCGAGAUGGAGCCGCUCCUCCGGUCGCCGAGCUUCUCGCCGCCGGCGAAAGGCCUGCCCCCUUACCUCGACGUCGCAGGAAGGAGAUUUCGCUUCGGCGCCAUCGGGCAGCACAAGGUCGUCGUCGUCAUGACGGGCCUCGGCAUGCUCAACUCCGGGGUGACCACCCAGCUCCUCCUCACGCUCUUCGACGUCAAGGGCGUCGUCCACCUGGGCAUCGCCGGCAACGCCGACCCCGACCGCCAGAUCGGCGACGUCGCCGUGCCGCGCUACUGGGCGCACACCGGCCUCUGGAACUGGCAGCGCUACGGCGACGGCCCGGACAGCGAGCUCGCCCUCGAGUCCAGCGGCGACUACACCAGGAGGCUCGGCAGCCUCAACUUCACAGACUUCAUCGUCGGCGCGGACGGCCGCCCAGAUCCCGCCGCCGCCGCCGCCGGCAACCUGCUCAACGCCGUGUGGUACCAGCCGGAGGAGGUGUUCCCGGCGACGACGGAGGGCGGCGGCGCGCCGGAGUCCCGCGCCCACGCGUUCUGGGCCCCCGUCGACGCCCGCUACUACGAGCUCUCGCGGGAGCUGGAGGUGGAGGGCCGCCUGCGCCUGGAGCGCUGCGCCGGCAGCGGCAACGGCACCUGCCUGCCGCGGCCGCCCGUGGUGGCGCGGGUCGAGCGCGGCUGCAGCGCCAGCGUCUUCGUCGACAACGCUGCGUACCGGGAGUUCCUCCGCUCCAGGUUCGGCGUCACGGCCGUCGACAUGGAGACGGCCGCCGUCGCGCUCGUCGCGCUGCAGCAGGGGGCGCCCUUCAUCGCCGUCCGGGCGCUCUCCGAUCUCGCCGGCGGCGGAGCGGCGGGGUCCAACGAGGCGGGGGUGUUCGCGCCGCUGGCGGCGCGGAACGCGGCGGCGGUAGCCGUCGAGCUCAUUUCCCUAAUUCCCUGAUAAACUAAAUCAUUGUGUAUUUUGUGCGUAUAUACUACUGUAUACUAGAAUAAUGUGUCCUACGGUUUACUUGGCUGUUUUGCUAUAAUAAUAAUUUAAUUUUCUUUAUGUUCCAGGAACAUGUGCUAUUAAUAAAUGGGAUAAUUGCAUUCA